AUGCGAAGAAGAUGGCACCCGUUCAGCACCUAUAAGAAGAACCCGCCUAUCUUCACCGUCCAGAACAGCUUGCUGAGAAACUGGGAUCGAAUUCGAGCUACAAUGGCUGCUGAAUCUCUUCCUGCUCAUCUGCGACAGAUGCUCCACGGGCUCUCCCUCGACGAGUUCUACUGCUUCCAUCGCGCCGACAGGAGGGUCUACUCUCGGCUGGUCAUCAACCUUAACCGGGACCUGAACCAGUCCGUGCAAGUGAUGGGGCUCCUGAUAUGGCUGGAGAGGGCAGGCCGUGACCAGACCCUUGUGGCCACGGUCCUGAGAUGGCCCGACAGCGUGCUCAACGCGCUGGCCGAUGAAGCCGUUGAGUGCCUGAUUUGCAUGCAGAGGGAUGAAUUCCUGUCCCCGUCGAGAAGCAGCGACAUGUGCUUCACGCGGAACCUGACUAACCGUGAAAUCGGGCUCGGGUUCUUCCAUAAGCAUCGCGCCCUGAUCCUUCAGGCAAUUAGUAAGGUCAUCAACGAGGUCUGCGUGCUAGCGUUCUUCGACAUAAUGCAAAAGGUCGUGCAAAAUAGGGCUAGGACUAGUAAUGCGAACGCUAAGAGCGGCAAUUUCGCACACCCGAGUGAACAAGGUUACGGCGAUCAGUCUGUAUAUCCGAUACCACCGGCUCCGUACCGAGGUAUUGGGGUCGGACCGCCGAACGUACCAUCAUCAUUCAUCCCGCUCUUUAGAAAAGGAGGGUAUUUAGACCUGAUUUUCGGGGAAGAUUACGAACAGGAGGCGCAAACCUUCAACGACAGUUACUUCCUUAGUGGCGAGACAAGCUAUUCCCAAAUCGAAGACGACGCCGGGGUGCCGCCCGAUGAGCGGACCAUAUUCUUGACGUUCUCCAAGGGAUAUCCUAUUCCAGAAAACGAAGUUCGCGAGUAUUUCACCAGGCGGUUCGGAAACUUCAUAGAGGAGCUGCACAUGCAAGAGGUGCCGCCGGAGGAGCAGGCCUUGUACGCGCGUGUCGUGGUCCGCCCCGCCUCGCUCAUAGACACGAUACUCAGCAGCAGGAGCAAGGCGAAAUUCACCAUCAACGGGAAGCAUGUGUGGGCGCGCCGGUAUGUGAGGAAGACAGUCAAGUCGCCGCCGCUGACCGCCCAUGGAGUUCCGUCGCCUCCAGAACAACCAUGA